AGGUUACCGAUCUGCCGUUACCAUUCAGCGUUUUCUGGGUCCAACAAUCAUACAGACUUCGGCCAUGAAAUUUCUCGUCGUACUGGCGUGCACCCUCGCUGUUGCUUCGUCGCAAUGUGCCCCAUCCGCCACUACGGCUAUUGGCACGAAGGCCCCAUCACAUAUCUGCAGCGGGGAUCUCAUCUUCAACGAAGAAUUCGACACUUUAGACUUAUCGACUUGGAACCACGAGAAAACUGCAUCUGGGGGUGGGAACUGGGAAUUUGAAAUUUAUGACAAUAACCGAUCCAACAGUUUUGUAAAAGAUGGAAAGCUCAAUAUCAAGCCUACGCUAACUUCGGACAAGUAUGGAGAAGAUUUUCUGUCGAGCGGCGUCCUCAACUUGCAGGGUGGAGCACCAGCUGACGCGUGCACAAAUCCACAAGACUGGGGCUGCGAACGUACAGGAAGUGCUUCAAACCUCCUCAAUCCCGUAAAUUCCGCACGAAUUCGCACAGUGGAAUCCUUCAGCUUCACAUAUGGAAAAGUGGAAGUGAGAGCGAAAUUGCCAGCUGGCGAUUGGCUGUGGCCAGCAAUAUGGCUUCUGCCGCGGUACAAUUAUUACGGUUCCUGGCCUUCUUCUGGUGAGAUAGACCUCUCUGAGGGUCGUGGAAACAGGAAUCUGAUCAAUAAUGGACAAAAUAUUGGUACUGAACUGACUUCUUCCACUCUGCAUUUCGGACCUUUCUGGCCACUCAAUGGAUUCGAACACGCACACUUCGAGAAGAACACAGCCUCUGGAGCAGGCUUCGAUACAAACUUCAAUCUCUUCCAGCUCGAAUGGACUCCAGAUUACAUUCAGUUUGGCAUCAAUAACGAAGUUAUUGGCAAAGUAGCGCCUUCAGAAGGUGGGUUCUGGGAGCUAGGUCAGUUUAGUUCACAAGUUGGAACUAUUGACAAUCCCUGGAAAUUUGGAAACAAGAUGGCACCCUUUGAUCAACCAUUCUACUUUAUACUUAAUGUUGCUGUUGGAGGAGUGAAUGACUUCUUCCCUGAUGGUGCACAGAAUCCAGGAGGUAAACCAUGGCUCAAUACCUCACCCCAGGCAUCGACCGACUUCUGGAAUGGACGCAACCAAUGGCUCCCAACCUGGAAUAGUGACAAUACAGCCUUGCAAGUGGACUACAUUAAAGUGUGGGCCUUGUAAAACUACUUUCUACUAAAGCAAGGGACUAUAUGAUGAUUUCUGUGAUUCAAAACAACUUCCAGCUGUUUAAAAAUACUGUGAGAUGCACCACAUACUUAGAAGAAACAUGUAUCAGUCACCGUAACUUAAAAAAAAUUGAAAAAAGUCUAACAUUAAUAAAUUAGUAUUAAUACAAGCUCUUGGCUGAAAGUAGUUGUUCUGAGGAUUUAUGUCUGGCCAAACAAUUGGAGCUUAUUUCCAUUCAUAAAAUUCAAUUCAAUUCAGUACCAGUAAAAUAAUAACUUUUACACAUUUAUGUUUUCUUAUCACAAAUAAUCAUGUCUCCAGCAUCAAGAUUAAACACAUACCUUUGGAAUAAGAGUAUAAUCUCUUCCAAAAUGUAUAACUUUUACAACAUUUUCCUACCUCUAAACAACACCAUUAUUUACCUUUUAACUAUUCCCCUAGCCUCAGUAUUACAUCAGACCAAGGCCUGGUCAUCUGUACCUGACCUAGGCAUGACCUCAAUGACAAAUGGGGCAGGACUCUUAUUAAAUAAUACACAAUCUAUAAAUCAGCAUUUGAAUUAUGAAAACACUGACAUCAAAAUGUAGUCAGUGUUCUUCUGUACAACAUAAAAAUUCUUUUACCUGUA